UAUGUCGCUGUCAAGUGCACUUUCUGAGGCACAUUUCUGUAGUUUACAGUCUCAGAGUAACGUUUAUGGGCUAGCCAAAUUUUCAACGCCAUGCGGAAGAAACAAGUUACUGGCAGCGUCGCUUCGUGGUCAAAUUAUAUGUAUGGAAUAUCAGACAGUGACAGGGAAAUUAAAGCCGUUACCCAGAGAAGUACAGUUCACUUACAUCCCAGGCGAUGCAGAAAUUGUAGCUAUUGAUGCCUUCAGUAAAACUGGAAAAGAUAAAGGAGUAGUAAUUGCCAUUGCCUUUAUCAAAUGUGAUGUUGAUGGUAAGCCUAUGCAAUAUCUCAACAUUUACUCUGACUGGGAACCAGAAGAAACUUUCAAUCUGGAUAAAAUUGCUCAGAGCUGUCAGAAUGUAGAAUUACAAUUUUUGCCUUUCCAUUUAUGCCACACAGACUACAUAAACCCAGAUGGAAGAAGAGAGACUGUUUUCUUACUAAGUGGCAAUGAUAACCAUGUACAUUUGUUCAGAGAACUCAAGAACUCUGACACAUUCUAUCAGCAACCUACAAAUGAAACAUUUCCAGAAUUUAUGAACAUAAAUAGCAGUGUGAUGUGGAUAGAUAUACAACAUUUUGAGAGUGGGCACAAAAGAAUAACAGGGUUUUGCUGUCAGAAUGGCUAUGUUCAAGUGGUAACUGUUAAAACAAUGACUAAAGAGAUCCUUUCAUGUUGGUCUACACAGCAUGAUGGUUUGACCACAUCACUACAUUUAUUCUCUGCAGAUACAAGUGUGGAAUGUCCUUCAUUUGUCCGCACAGAAAAUGAAGGGGAAGAAGUGAAAAAGAAACCAAAUUUCAACUUAGUAGUAACCAGUGCCUUAGAAUUAACUGUGAACUACAGGAAUGUAUUAGAGAGAGGUUUGGUUGAUGUGAAGCACCUCCCAGAUAGUGAGAGAUAUGACAGUGUUCUGUGCUCCUGUGUAACAGAUAUUGACUUUGAUGGAGAAAAUGAAAUUUUACUUGGAACAUAUGGUCAGGAGUUACUGAUCUACAAAUUCUUCCCAACACAAACCUCAGAGACACAGCCCUCCGUUGAGUCAGCAGGUUCACCAAGAACUUCACCUAGAGAGAUAUUCAAUGAUGGACAGUUUAAGAUGAUCAGCAGACGCAGCUACUCCUCCCCUAUUCUGGCUCUGGACUACAUUGACAUCACUGGUGAUGGUCUUUAUGAAAUUGCAGUGUUGACUAUGAAAGGCUUGCAUAUACUUCAGCACAGUCUCCAUACAGUAGCCUUCCUGUGCCAGGAGAGACUGAAAUGUGCUACAUCCUUAGGCACAAGACAAGAUGCCUUUGAUGAACUUAUGACAGAAAACCUGGAUACUAGUUAGCAUUUUAUCCACGGAUGUAUCAGACAUGAUCAAUCUCAUGCAGGCAUGAGCUGUUUCUGUUUGUGCCUUUUUAAUAUUCAGUUUUUAUCAAGGGUUUAGUCAGUGAGACGUCCAACCAUCAUUUGGCUGACCUGUUCAAGCAGAGAACAGUCUGUGUUAUGGCUCGGAUGUCUUUUUAAAAAUUCUCAACAAGCCAGGCUUGACCUAAUCUUUACAGCUGUCUAUGGACCCUAAUUAAGAUUCAAAAUGAGGCCAUUGUGUAUGUGUAGAUGAAGGCUAAGGAUUCCACUGCAAAAUAUUAAAGAUGAAACUGGCAUGGGAGGGGGCUGC